CCUCAGGCCUCCAGACCCGGGCUCCACGAAGCAGCCUUUCCAGGACUACUGCCCUUCAAGGAAAACAGAUGACUGCAUGCACAAGCAAUAUAGUUCUGAAGCAACUGUUAUCUCAGGGAGAAAGCUGGCUGCCCAGGUCUGUGAGGAGAUACAACGGGACGUAGAAUGUUGGCUUGCCCUUGGAAACAAGAGGCCUCAUCUCACAGUGGUUGUUGUAGGAGACAAUCCGGCCAGUCACACCUAUGUAAGAAAUAAAGUAAAAGCAGCAGCAGCUGUAGGCAUUUCUAGUGAAAUAAUACUGAAGCCUAAGAAUAUUUCUCAGGAAGAGCUUUUAGAUCUAACUUCCAAACUAAACAAGGAUUCAAGAGUCAGUGGCAUAUUAGUCCAGUUACCUCUGCCAGAGCACAUUGAUGAAAGAACUGUGUGCAACACAGUUGCACCUGAAAAAGAUGUGGAUGGAUUCCAUAUUUUCAAUGUUGGCCGACUGUGUCUUGACCAGCCUUCUAUUAUACCUGCCACUGCUGCUGCUGUUUGGGAAAUAAUAAAGAGGACAGGUAUACCAACAUUUGGAAGAAAUGUUGUUGUAGCUGGAAGAUCAAAGAAUGUUGGAAUGCCAAUUUCAAUGCUUUUGCAUCUGAUGGGACAUGAAAGGCCAGGAGGUGAUGCUACAGUGACAAUUACUCACAGAUACACACCGAAAGAUCAGCUGGAGAUCCAUACCCACCUUGCUGAUAUUGUAAUUGUUGCUGCAGGUAUUCCAAAGCUGAUUACUUCUGAUAUGGUUAAAGAAGGAGCAGUAGUGAUUGAUGUUGGUAUCAACCACAUCCAAGAUCCUGUCACAAGAAAGACCAAGUUAGUUGGGGAUGUGGACUUUGAAGAGGUGAAAAAGAAAGCAGGCUUCAUUACCCCUGUGCCAGGAGGUGUAGGACCAAUGACAGUUGCCAUGCUGCUGAAGAAUACACUCAUUGCUGCAAAGAAGCUUAUUCAUUGAAAUUUAGAUUCAUGUAAUUCUAUUUAUGUAUACAUAAAUGUUAUUUUUAUUACAAAAAUAUUUAUUUCUAAAUUGUAUUUAUUUAUGUAAGUAUACCGACAGUUCACUUGUUUGCAAGUUUACACUGCAAAAUGUGCAUCUUUUGACUUGAUGUAUGAAUUGGUGUAAUUUCUGAAGCACUUGGUCCAAACCUAACUUGAGUUGUUCCAUUUUUGUCAAAUGUUAGUGGGAACUGUCUUCCAGAAGAAAGUAAAAUGUGAAUAUGUGCACAAUGCCAUUGUAGUGUAUGAUAAUAAAGGGCUCAUACUUUAGCAACCUUAUGCACAGAAAGGGAAACCCUCAAACAUGCAGGCAUACUCAUUGUGGGGCAUUCAUUGCUAGAAACAAAUCUAGAACUUUUGUCUGGAAAUCCAGAUUUUGAUAGCUGGACAGAUUUGAAGAUACCGCAGAUGAAGUAAACUGCAUGUAGAUUUUUAAGCAUGCUUUGUAUUUGCUAUUGCUUUGAUCCUGACUGAACUGUGUACUGAUAUUAGGUUGGCUGCACUUCAUAGCAAUCCUCAUCUACCUCUAGCUUGGCUUUCACAACCCAAGACAUGACAUUAGUCACAUUCCCAUUUCCGGAGAUGAAAGGACAGGAAAACUUUGUUUAAAAAAAGGGGAAAGGAAAUAUAUUUAGUGUUAUGGGACUUUAAGGAUUUGAAAAGUUGAUUGUCCAUAUUUCUAUGCAAGUGAAAUGUUACAGUAUGUUCAAACAUACAGUAUUACCCAAAAUUGCUGAAAGUCAAACUAUUGAUGAAAAAUCUGCCUAAAAUGUUGGUUGAGUUCAAAUUUGUACUUGUCUAAAUUUCUUUAUUCUAACUAAAGAGGAGAGACUUACUCAGUAACUGUUGCUGUAAUUCCAUGCUAAUGCUUAUAUGAACCCAAAUCAGAAGAUUUCCUUCAAAUAAAAUGUUUCAACAAUAAAUAAUGAUAAAUCUA